AUGGCGGACGGCGGGACGGUCGUUCCUCGUGUCAUUCCCGAUGAGCCCCUGAAUGAGAUACACAACGUCUCCAAGCGUUCCAUUUCCAAGCAGGAGGAUCUGUGCAUCGGCAUCCUGGACGCUAAUCGAUCCCACGAGAAGUACUCGCAGAUUGUCGGCUACUUUGUCAAUAUGCUUCCCUUCCUAGCCAUCCAAACUAUCGAGUCCUCCAUCACUUACAGCGACCUGUACAAUCGCUUCCUCAACGCCGCGAAUGUGCUCCUACGCCCAGGGUUGUUCGCCAGCAUCUCGAAUCUCAGUGCUCUGUAA